AUGAAACAGAACUCUGAAAUUCAUUUGUGCAAAUUACAUUAGUUUGUCUAAGAUAAAUGGAAUUGGGUGAAUACAGGAUAUAUUCAUUUUAAUUCAAAAGUUCUUAAUUUGAUUUAAUAAAUUAGAAUGAAAUGUUACUAUUAGAGAAGGACACGAGUAUGGAAGUAUUCGCUGUUUCAGUGAAAUAAGAAUACGAUUUCUUUUUUGAUGGAGGUAAGAGAUUUACCAAAUUGUAGAAGAAGGGAUUUAAUUUCAAUUUAAUGAAUACUACGGACUUAGUUUCCAGAGUAAAGAGGGAGCAUAAGUGGUUUGGAAUAGAAUCCAAAAUAUUUUAAAUGAAGAAGAUGAUGAUGAAUCUAUAGUUUUGACUCCUGUGAAUGAAAGCACUCUGCCCCUCAUCUUGGAAACAAUGAGUAAAUUAAUUUAGGGUGGUACAUAAACAAAAUAAAUGCUGUCGAGUUAUUUACUAAAUAAAAAAGUAAGAAAAUUCAAAUGACAAUAGGAUUACUUUGAAAUGCUGAAUAACUUAUUCAAUCAAUUAGAAAAAGACCACAAUCAAGAAUUAUUAGAAAUAAUGUGUUCAAUUGUUAAGAAUGUAAAUAAUCAUUAUAUUUUAGAUUGUGACUGUUUCUGAACAUGAACUAUUUCAAACUAUCCUGAGCGAUUAAAUAUACUUGUUCAUCUUUGGUGCAUUGGAAUGUAUUAAUUCUUAUUGAAUUGUUAGAUGAUAAAGAAAUGACAAAGUCUAAGUUCGUUCCUCAUCGAUAAUUUCUGGAGAAGAACGUGCAAUUCUUACAAGUAGUCCAAAUCAAGAGUAAAGAGCGAUUGAAAACCAUUCACUUCAUAUAUCGACUGUAGUACUUGCGCGAUUGUGGUUUGGCCUACUACAUCGACGAGUACCAGUAGAUGUUUAUUAAGAUAGUUUUAACGUAAUAAAAAUCAUGAUAGAUUAUUAAGAGUUGUUAUGUGGACCUCCUUAAAUACAUCGAGAAUUCUAAGGAAUUUCUGGUUGAUCUAAUAGACCAAUUGCGAAAUUUUAACUUCUUAGCCUUGAGAUUCCUAAAUGAAAUAUGUUCAGUAUUUAAGGAAUUCUAAGAUGUAAUUCUAUAUCCACUAAUUUAAGUUGAAUAAGGCAUUUAUUUACUAAAGGUUAAGUGAGCAUGGAUUAUAUGAGAUUAUCGAAGAUUACAUAGUUGAUUCCCUCUAAAGUUUCCAAAAGUAAAAAGCUAAAUUCAAGAAAUUGAAGAUCAAAAUAUAAGUAUUCACUAAUUAUUAAAAUAGGAUGAUAUUUUCCUAAAAACAUCUACAUUGAUAUUAGAAUUGGUUAUUUCAUGUUUGCAACACUAUCCUUACAACUUUAGAUAGUACAUUGUAAGUGAACAUCAAUAAGUACUCAAGUAUCCCCUAUUUAAUGUGAUUGUGGAUCAUGCAUUUGACAAUGAUUCGUAUCUAGAAAUAUUGAAGUUACUCAUUGAUAACACCUAGGAUGAACAAAAUGAAACCUUGGAUUGCUUUUUGUCUUUAUUUUACCCUAAAAUAUCACAAUCGAUAUCCCAUUAAUCAAGGAUUGAAUAGAAAACAUUAUUUGUUGAAUUAUCCUUAGGAUUAUCCAGAAACUUAAAAACUUCUGUUAAGGAUGUAUUGAUUUAAAACUAAAUUGCUUUGAAAAUUGGAUUUAUAAUGCAAGAGAAGAACAAGAUCUUACAAAUGAAGUGCUUGCAGUUUUUUAAAAUUCUGAUUUUAUAAAGAGAUGAAGAGAUAAAUAAGGAAAUCAUAAUGGCAUUGCCAAAUUUGAUAGCUCCUCUUCUUUUAUAUAAAGGAUUAAGAGAAAAUUUGAUAUUUUCAUAAUUUUUGGAGAUAAUAAAGAUCAUUUAUGAAGGUGGCAAUCAAAAUAUUAUUAAAUCUUUAGUAAUAUAUCUUUAGUAAUCAUUAUUAGGAAUAGGAACUAAAAUUCUGGGAGUAGCAUUCUAAUUACUUAAAAGUCCAUGACAUUUUCAAAUCCAUUAAGUGCAAUUGCAUGAAACAACAAUUCAGCACAUUAUCCGUUGAUUCUAAACCAUAACAAUAAUAAGCAAAUUAUAAUGUUAUUGAUGAUGAGAUCGAUUUAUUCAAAUCUGUCUAGGGUCAUAGUACACCUCUGCAUAAAUAGACAUCUAAAAGAUUAGUUGAAUAUGAUGAUGAUGUUGAAGUGAUUUCUAAGAAGACCAAAUUAGAUUGAGA